GUCGCAGCUGGAGUACCUGGGCCAGCCUUGUUGGACACCCAGACCAGGUCGCUGGCGAACUACUUUCGGUCCGUUCGCUCCAUGACGCACGACGCCGCCACGGCAUUGACUCAGGAGCUGAAUCGCGGCCCGUGGACUGCUACCCAGGUUGCGUCGCUCGCCCAAGUGCUUGGGGACUCCAUCAUCACGCCUGGUACGCAGAGCGGCCCACGUGGGCAACAGAAGAACCCUACCCUGCAGAAUUACUUCACUGAGGCCGACUGGGUGCAGUUCUCCGAUCGCGGCACAAGCAUUGUCGCCAAGAUAAAGAUCAUGGCGAACAGGUACUAUUGCAUCGGUGCGUCUUGUCCUGGCGAGAAGAUGCUGGUCCGCGGCAUCAACAUCCUGACCGAAGUUGGCCUGUGCGAGGAGGAGAAAUCCUCGAUCGACGCGAGCAUCUUCAAGAGGUGGUGCCACGAGUUGCAGUCAGAGAUCAAGACGUUCGAUCGCAUCAGGCCAAAGUUUCCAGGUACUCACAUCAUCCUUUACCCGCCUGGCCCUGACGGCCUGGAUGCAGCUGCCUGGGCAUUCGCCUACGAAGACGGCCAGCCCGUGAAUCCCCCGUCCGACCUCGACCUCACGCGGCUCGAGCAGCUCACUCAUGCGAGGGGGUACAGGAACACCCACAACUCGUUCAAGCCAAACCCUGCGGCACCACAAGCUUCGCACGCGCUCGCCCCAGCAGGCAGCGCUGGCAUGAUGGGCCCGAUGGGCAGUGUGCCUGGCAUGUUCCAGCAGUUCCACCAGAUGCUGGAGAUGGCCAAGCAGUUCAGUUCGGUGAUGGGCACCAUGGGCGCCCCGAGCACCUUCAGCGCCCCCACCGACGCAGGCAUUCAGAUCUUCGAUAGGCCUCGCAGGGCAGAUGAUGGCGCGAGCAGCCACGGGACUCUCAGCGCAGCGACCUUGGCACUGGGCGGCGCUGGCAACCAGGAGCCUGAGGCGGCCAUGGGCCCCGCGCAGGAGCUGGAGCAAAGGCUCAACGCGUCGGCUGAAGCAGCUGGCAGCCACCUCAGGCCACCGAGGAGCGGCAGGUCUGCCGCUACGAAGGCUGCUGACAGGGGCGAGGGCGCGGGCAAGGCCAAGGGCAAGGCCAAGGCCAAGGGCAAGGCCAAGGCCAAGGGCAAGGCCAAGCCCAAGGCCGCGCCUGCCCCUGCCGUCGCCCCGAAGCCCUGCGGCGUCUCAGGCGUCAUCAAGAUCGGCGGCGCCGCGAUCAGCCUGAAGGACGUGACCGACCCAGCAGAGAUCGGCACGAGGUCGAAAAAUGCAUACGCCAGCAGGGCCUAUGGCGCGGCCAAGACCCGUGCAGCGAAUGCUAAGCUCACCGUGAAGCAGGUCGGAGAGUGCGCCAAGCAAGCGUACCAGAUGGCAUCGGCUGUUUACGAUUACUAUCGGAGGCCAUCCUGA